AUGGCUGACGGCGGUUUAAGCUUUUUGCGAAAAUCUCUACCGUUCUUGGGAUACCUGUUUUUAAUACACAUCGCAGAAUACGUACCCACCGUUGCCUCAGAAGGCCAUUGCAUAUGGUAUGGCGUGUGCACCGAGGGGGCAAAGUCGAAGAACUGCGCCUAUGAUGGACCGGCCAAGCCCUUAGAAAAUGCUUCUCUGCCGAUCAUCCAGAAGUACUGUCCGUCGAUCGCCGCGGGCGGGGUCUCGUGCUGCGACGCCAGGCAGCUGACCAUGCUAGCCAACAAGAUCUACAUGGCUGAGAGCAUCAUCUCCCGCUGCCCCGCCUGCUUCGACAACUUCGUCGAGCACAUAUGCGGCAUGACCUGCUCACCGGACCACAGCAACUUCCUCAAGCCCGUCAAGUUCUCCUACGUCAACGAGACAAUUAAACAGAUAGAAGAAAUCGACUAUCACCUCAGUGAAUCAUACAUGAAUGCUACGUUCGACUCUUGUCGACAGGUGCAAAUGCCGUCCAGCAACCAGCUGGCGAUGGACCUGCUCUGCGGCAGCUGGGGCGCCGAGUUCUGCACACCGAAGCGCUGGUUCGACUUCAUGGGCGACGCCAGCGGCGCCUACGUUCCCUUCCAGAUCAACUACAUAGCUGGCGACCAGCCCUUGGACGGGUACACGCCGUACAAUCCCCCCACUAGGCCGUGCAGCGUCGGACUUGACGGCCAGCCGGGCUGCUCGUGCCUGGACUGUUCGGCGUCGUGCCCGCAGCCGCCCCCGCGGCCCGCGCCCCCUCAGCCCUUCACCAUCCACGGCGCGGACGGCUACGCGGUGGUGAUGGCGAUCGUCUUCCUCAUAUUCACCACGCUGUUCCUCAGCGGCGUGUACUGCUGCAACCAGCAGGAGAACAUCGUUGACGGGUGGGCGAGGGGCGCGGAGGCACGGCGGGGCGGAGGGCCCGAGACCAGUCCGCUGCACAGCCACCGAUCUAGUGUAGCAUCGGACACGAACCAGGAGAUGUCCACCAAUCCCACGUCGAACCCGUGGAGCGAUCAAGUGGACGCGGCGGCCGAGGCGACAUUCUUCGAGAAGCUCGGCGCCGAGGCGGAGACCAGGCUCGAGGACUUCUUCCAGUGGUGGGGCUGCAUCAUGGCCUCCCGGCCCUGGAUCGUCCUGUUCCUGGGCCUCUGCAUCGUGGUGGCCCUCGGCACGGGUAUCAACCAGAUGCAGGUGACCACCAACCCGGUGGAGCUGUGGGCGGCGCCCAACUCGCGCUCGCGCGUGGAGCGGGCCCGCUUUGACGAGUACUUCGAGCCGUUCUACCGCACCGAGAUGCUGAUCAUCAGCUCGAAGGGCCUGCCCACCAUCCAGCACGAGACGCCGUCGGGCACCGUCGAGUUCGGGCCCGUGUUCAACGCCACCUUCAUGCUCGACGUGCUGCACCUGCAGAACAGGAUCAUGGCGCUCGGCAACGAGACGAAGAUCCAGGACAUCUGCUACGCGCCGCUCACGUCGCCGUUCACGGGGCCCGUGACGGCGGACAGCUGCGUGGUGCAGUCCGUGUGGGGCUGGUGGCAGAACAGCGAGGAGGACUUCCUCGACUCGCUGGAGGACAACCAGUACCUGGACACCGUGCUCAGCUGUUCCAGCAACCCGUACCAGUGCCUGGCGCCGUACGGCGGGCCCGUGCUGCCGGCCGUGGCGCUGGGCGGCUUCCUGCCGCCGGGCGGCGUGCUCGCCAAGACCAAGCUCUACCACAACGCCACCGCGCUCAUUCUCACCUUCCUAGUCAACAACAGGAACGACAAGUCGCAGCUGGGCCCGGCGCUGCAGUGGGAGGAGGAGUUCAUCGCGUUCAUGAGGAACUACACGGAGAACGAGAUGCCCGACUAUAUGGACAUCGCUUACACGUCGGAGCGCUCCAUCGAGGACGAGCUGUACCGCGAGUCGCAGUCGGACAUCUCGACCAUCGUGGUCUCCUACUUCAUCAUGUUCGCGUACAUCGCCAUCUCGCUGGGCCGCUUCACCACCUGCUCGCGGCUGCUCAUCGACAGCAAGGUCACCCUCGGCCUCGGAGGCGUGACGAUAGUGCUGGCGUCGGUGGUGUGCUCGCUGGGCAUGUUCGGGUACGCGGGCGUGGCGGCGACCCUCAUCAUCGUGGAGGUGAUCCCGUUCCUGGUGCUGGCCGUGGGCGUGGACAACAUCUUCAUCCUGGUGCAGACCAGCCAGCGCGAGCCGCGCCGCCCCAACGAGACGGUGGCCGAGCACAUCGGCAGGACGCUGGGCCAGGUGGGCCCGUCGAUGUUCCUGACGUCGGCGUCGGAGUCGGUGUGCUUCUUCCUGGGCGCGCUGAGCGACAUGCCGGCCGUGCGCGCCUUCGCGCUCUACGCGGGCGCCGCGCUGCUCGUCGACUUCCUGCUGCAGGUCACCUGCUUCGUGGCGCUGCUCGCCAUCGACACGCACCGCCAGAACGCCAACAGGUUCGACGUGCUGUGCUGUCUGAGCGGCUCGAAGACGGACUCGCAGGGCGCCAGCGACGGCGCGCUGUACAACCUGUUCCGCCACCUGUACGUGCCCUUCCUCAUGAAGCGCGAGGUGCGCGCCUCCGUCAUGAUCCUCUUCUUCGCCUGGCUCUGCUCCUCAGUCGCGGUGGCGCCGUACAUCGACAUCGGGCUGGACCAGGAGCUCUCGAUGCCCCACGACAGCUUCCAGCUGAAGUACUUCCAGCACCUGAACAAGUACCUGAACAUUGGGCCGCCCGUCUACUUCGUGCUGACCACCGGCCUCAACUUCUCCAAGGUGGACCACCAGAACAUGGUCUGCGGGACGAGGUUCUGCAAUCCGGACAGCGUCACCAUGCAACUGUACUCAGCAUACCUCACAUCAAAUGAAACCUAUCUGGCGCAGCCUCCCAACUCUUGGCUUGACGAUUUCUUCGAUUGGGCCGCGCUAGAGAGCUGCUGCAAAUACUAUCCGUCAAACUCGAGCUUUUGCCCCAAUACAUUUAGGGGCUGCAAGAGCUGCAACAUAGCGCUGCAGGGCGCGGAGCGGCGGCCGUCGGCCUCCGACUUCGGGCGCUACGUGCCCUUCUUCCUGCAGGACAACCCCACCCCGGCGUGCCCCAAGGCGGGCCACGCCGCCUACGCGCGGGCCGUCAACCAGCAGCGCGGCGCCGUCACCACCACCUACUACCAGGGCUACCACACGGUGCUGAAGAGCAGCCGCGACUACUACUCGGCGCUGCGCGAGGCGCGCACCGUCGCGGCCAACCUCACGGAGACCAUCAACCGCCGCCUGAGGGAGCUCGGCGAGGAGAACGCCGUCAGCGUGUUCCCCUACUCGGUCUUCUACGUGUUCUACGAGCAGUACCUCACCAUGUGGCCGGACACGCUCAAGAGCAUGGGCAUAUCGGUGCUCUCCAUCUUCAUUGUCACCUUCGUGCUGAUGGGCUUCGACCUGUUCUCCGCGCUGGUGGUGGUGAUAACAAUCACCAUGAUUGUGGUGAAUCUCGGUGGACUCAUGUACUGGUGGAACAUCAGCCUGAAUGCGGUGUCACUUGUCAAUCUGGUGAUGGCGGUGGGAAUAGCGGUGGAGUUCUGCUCGCACUUGGUGCACAGCUUCAGCGUGUCCCCGGGCGCCACCAGGGAGCAGCGGGCGUCCGAAGCCUUGACCAGGAUGGGCUCCUCCGUCCUCUCGGGCAUCACGCUCACCAAGUUCGGCGGCAUCAUCGUCCUCGGCACCGCCAAGAGCCAGAUCUUCCAGGUGUUCUACUUCCGCAUGUACCUCGGCAUCGUGUUGUUCGGAGCGGCGCACGGCCUCAUAUUCCUGCCCGUCAUGCUCAGCUAUAUCGGUUCGCCCAUCAACAAACAGAAGCUGGCCAAUCAGAGGCUGCGCGGGAACGAGAUGGGCGUAGCGGAGACCUCGCUGACACGAGUACGCAUG